CACUGCCUUGUGUGACUAAGAGCCUUUAAACCAGCAGUGAGAGGGUUAAUAUGAUGGGUGUGGCUGGGCGUGCUGCUGAUUACUGACAGCCCAGCCAGCACCUGUGAUCACACACUUCUUCUUCUGAUUGAGCUGCUGUGCUGGAGAGUGGGAUCUUGAGCACCAUUACUAGAAUCACUGGACGAAGGAACCGCAUAUAAAUCAGCACAAUGGACCCAGUGAAUGAUGCAGAACUCACUACACCUGUAGGGAAAGCAACAACCAGUGCUUCCUCGAAUGCUGAGGGCAUUGAUGUAGCAGUUAUUGCAGGUGUUAUUGCUGCGGUUUUCAUAACACUUCUGAUUGCUGUGGUGUUAAUAUCUGCCUACUUGUACAAACAUAAAGGGAGUUAUGUCACCAAUGAGUCACCAGAGGAAGAGUCAACCAAGGCUUUACAGACUGAGGAGGAUUCCUCUGAGAAGCAGGAAUAUUUAAUGUAACCUGUUCAAGGACUGGAGGACGUUCUAGGAAGUCCUAUUGAAUCCGGAAGCGGCCAGAUAUAGACUUCUAUUUAUUUAGAGUCUGGAUCCUCUUGUUAUGCAUUUUUGUUUAGUUUCUGCUGUGUCCCCCACCCUUCUUUUUGUGACUUCAUUAUAAGGUUCUGCUGGAUUUAGCAAUUGGGAUGCUAGAAUGGCGGCUUCUAUUCAGUCAAGGACACUGCGUUGGGUUUUAGACAAAACUUUCAGUGCCGAACUGCGUGAAAGCAAAGUUAUUUUAUAUGCACCACUAUUAAACUAAUGGCAACAUAAGCUUAUCCUUCCAUUAGAAAUUCUAGAGGUUAUUCACCCUCAAUUUCUGCACAGAAAGUAGAUUUAAAUGGUUUAUUUGUGCAGGUGGAAGGGUAACUGUGCCAGACACAUUUGCUGGAUGUACAAAUCACUCGUAAUGUGCCUGGGUGAAUCUUUCUUUAAUGUAAAUAUUGUGUUUCUAGACUUUUUUUUUGAAUAUUUGAAAGACUGCACUAGAGGGAGUUGGCAUGUGUUCCGUGCACUGUUUGUAAGUAGUAAACCAAAAUAUAUUUAAAAAUACUUUGUUGCUCUGUUGUGAAAAUCUUUUUUCCUCCUUUAAUAAAUCUUUUUCAGUUUA